AUGGCCAACCCUAGCUACAAUAUCACGCUCGCAGGUGACAACAACCAGGGGCUGCAGGUGGGACACAACUCUGGCGGCUACGAGAACACCCUUGGUCGUCUACCGCAGGCUGCCGAUGCGCCCUUCAACUCGUUCGCGAAGCAGCACGAGCCUGCAUGCCUCCCUGACACGCGCGUCGCUCUCCUCGAUGAGAUACACAGGUGGGCCGACGGGCCAGAUGAGCGGUGCAUCUUCUGGCUGAGCGGCCUGGCAGGCACGGGCAAGUCGACGAUCGCGCGGACGGUCGCGCGCAGGUACCACGACAAGCGUCUAGCAGCCAGCUUCUUCUUCUCGCGCGACGGCGGCGACGUCGGGCACGCUGGCAAGUUUGUGACGAGCAUUGCAGUGCAACUCGCGCAUAGCGUACUAGCAGUGCGGCAGCAUAUCAGCGAUGCUGUUGCGGAGCGCAGCGACAUUGCCAGCCAGUCACUGCGCGACCAGUGGCAGCACCUUGUUCUCCGUCCGCUGUCGAAGCUGCACGAGUCUGAGUCGUACAUUGUAGUCGUCGACGCGCUCGACGAGUGCAACAACGAGCACGACGUCCGCAUUAUCGUGCAGCUGCUGGCCGAGGCGCGGCCAUUGCUGACAGGCGCCCGACUGCGGGUGUUCCUGACGAGCAGGCCAGAAGUGCCGAUCCGGCACGGGUUUAGGCAGAUGGCGGAGACAGAGCACAGAGACGUGGUGCUACACAACAUCUCGCCGUUGAUUGUCGAUCAUGACAUAGGGAUUUUCCUGGAAGACACGCUUCAGUCCAUCGGGCGAGAACGCUGUCUGCGCGCUGGCUGGCCUGGCGCAGAGAUCAUUGUGCAGCUAGUGCAGGGUGCGAGCGGCCUGUUCAUAUGGGCUGCUACUGCCUGUCGCUUCAUCCGCGACGGAAAGCGGUUUGCGGCUAAGAGGCUCGACACAAUUCUAAGCACUAACAGCAACACUGUAGCUGCGCCAGAGAAGCAUCUUAACGAGAUAUAUGUGACUGUACUCAGAAGCUCAAUCCCUGCAGAGUACACAGACGAAGAGAGAGAAGAGCAUUGUGACAUGCUAAGGUAUGUCGUCGGAAGCAUUGUGGUACUGCUUUCUCCAUUGUCUGCAGGGUGCUUGAUUGCACUGCUUGACGCUGCAGAAGAAGACAUCAGCCAGACACUUGAGGAUCUGCAUGCUAUUCUAAACAUCCCAGAAGACCCGGCCCAGCCGCUUCGUCUGCACCACCCUUCGUUCCGCGACUUCCUGCUCGACAAAAAGAGAUGCGGCGACGACAGCUUCUGGGUAGACGAGAGGAACACACACAAGAAGCUGGCGUCCUGUUGUCUUGAGCUUAUGUCUGGGCUAAGCGGCCUUCGUCAAGACAUGUGCGGCCUUGUAGGCCCUGGAGUGCUAAGGAUUGAGAUUGAUGAGGGGACAAUUGCAAGCAGUCUGUCACCUCAUCUGCAGUACGCGUGUCGCUACUGGGUCAGUCAUCUUAAGCAAAGUCAGCACAACAUCACCAACAGCGACACGACGCACAUCUUUCUUCAGAGGCACCUUCUCCAUUGGCUCGAAGCUAUGAGUUUAAUAAGAGAGUUGAGCCAAUGCGUUCACUUACUUGACAUCCUUCAGGCACUUACAAGCUCUGUACUUGCAGAUGCACCGCUGCAGAUAUAUUGCUCGGCACUUGUGUUCGCACCAGAGAGGAGUCUAAUACGACAAUCCUUUGUGGAUGAAGUGCCAGAGAGGGUCAAGAUGCUGACCAUGAAAGAGGAAGAUUGGGAUGCUUGUCGCAGCACGCUGGAGGGCCAUUCUGAGUAUGUCAGCGCGGUGGCUUUCUCGCCAGACGGGCAGCUGGUCGCGUCCGCAUCCUACGACAAGACAGUACGGCUGUGGGAGGCGGCCACAGGGACGUUACGGCUGUGGGAGGCGGCCACAGGGACGUGUCGCAGCACGCUGGAGGGCCAUUCCGAUUACAUUUUCGACAUGACCUUUUCUUCUAAUGGCCAGGUCCUCCACACUAAUACUGGCGAUAUAUCUCUGUCACCCCUCUUAAUCAUAGUAUCCUCUCCUUGGCAACAAGAGCAGUCUUCUAAUAUCCUGGUGCAGGACCAGUGGGUAUUGCGCAACCAGCAACGCUUCCUAUGGCUCCCGUCUGAGUAUCGAACAAGUAAAACAGCAGUAUACACUAACGUAAUAUGUUUAGGUCUCUCAUCUGGCCGUGUUGUCUUACUUGUAGUUCUAUAA